AUGGCUGAUCUACCAGCCAUGGCCACGAACCCAAAGUACAUCUUCUUCACCGACUUUGACGGAACCAUCACUCUCCAAGACUCCAAUGACUUCCUCACCGACACAAUCGGCUACGGUCAGCCCCGCCGUCGCGCCAUGAACCUCGCCUGCCUCGACGACAAAAUCUCCUUUCGCGACUCCUUCCGCGACAUGAUGGACAGCGUGACCCGGCCCUACGACCAAUGCAUGCAAUACCUGGUUGACAACAUCAAGCUCGAUCCAGGCUUCAAGGCCUUUUUCGAAUGGAGCUGUGCCAACAACAUCCCCGUGGUUGUGCUGAGCAGCGGCAUGGAGCCCAUUAUCAAGGCCCUGCUGGAGAAGUUGGUCGGGCCCGAGGCAAGCAGGAUGCAAGUGCUCGGCAACUAUGUUGGUCCACGGCCAGGCAAGAAGAUCAACGAGGAAGGCGGAUGGGAGAUUAUCUUCCGGCAUCCCGAGAGUGGCUUUGGCCAUGACAAGUCGAUUGAGCUGCGCAAGUACUCGUCGCUGUCUGCCGAUGUCCGACCGACCAUGUUUUAUGCGGGAGAUGGUGUGAGCGAUCUCUCCGCGGCACGAGAGACGGAUCUACUGUUUGCGAAAAAGGGCCAUGAUUUGAUCAAUUAUUGCGCCAGGGAGGAUGUCCCCUUCACCGUGUUUGAGGACUGGUCCAACAUCCUGACCAAGUGUCGCGAGAUUGUCGACGGCAAGACGACGGUGCAAGAAGCCGCCAAGGAAGGAUACGAGGCAUACAAGAAUGGUGCUGCCGGCCUAAACCCCGUGCAGACUACCAAAUAA